AUGCCCAGAGCCCCGAUCAAACUAUGGUUGAUGAGGCUGGAGCGCGCCGUUUUUGAGGAUGCUAAACACUGUGAUCCAAGUACGGAUCUGAAAGCCUUGCCCAAGUCGAAGAAGACCGGAGAUCCCGUGGGGAGCUUCUUCUUCAGCGGGAGCACUGCGAUUGAUCGGGUUUUGCGCUGUGAGGGUGGGGAGAGGGGAAGAGCAGGGGGCAUAGGGAGGGGCCGGCGAGCAGGGGGCGACGGAGUGGAGGGAGAUAUGAAAAAAUCUAAAAAGGAUUUGAAAAUUUGGGAUUUUGUGGGAUUCAGCCUCAAGCUCAUUCCCCGGGGCUCGCCGGACUCGCCUUUCCGCCCCGAGAAGCUUACCGAACGGCAAAGAAUCCAAAGAAUCGCCGAGGUCUCGAGAACUAGAGCUUACACCCAUUUAAGAAACUCAUCACCAUCCUCAACCCCAAAAAUUACCAACAUUAGUCCCACAUUGGACACAGAAAACUUCCAUCUUCAGAUUCUUAAAAAGGAUUUUUUCUACACCGUGCAAGUUUUUAUAGGCACCCCAAGAGCCCCACAAACACUCCUAAUGGACACAGGAAGUGGCCUAAUUUGGACACAAUGCAAGCCUUGUAAAAACUGUUUUAGCCAAACAAAAAAUAUUCCUAUUUUCACCCCCAACGUCUCUACUUCUUACAAAAGACUCCCUUGUAAUCAUCAACUUUGCCUUGAAAGUCACCAAUGCGUCGACGGGAAAUGUGUCUACAGCCAAGGAUACGCCGGUGGGUCGGUGACAAACGGCGUCGUUUCUCAAGAAACCUUUAGCUUUCCUUCAAACAACAACGGAGGUUUUAGGGCAGUAGAGAAUGUCGUUUUUGGCUGCUCAAACGACAACAAGAACUACAUGUUCAAUUCCAUUUCCGGAAUCUUGGGACUGAGUUAUUCACCUGAUUCGUUAGUGUCCCAAUUGGGAAAUUCAGUAAAAAAGCGCUUCUCUUACUGUUUGCCUUACUCCUAUAGUCCCAUGAUGGUCAAUACUGUCCUCAGAUUCGGAAACGACAUCAAAAAAUCACCACUCGCCAAAACAACGUCGUUUGUGCAAAAAAGUAAUGGCACUCAGUUACACCAUUACUACUUGAACCUUGUAGACAUAAGCGUCCAAGGACGUCGUUUAGGGUUGCCGCCGGGGACGUUCGCGCUGUCGCAAAACGGCAAAGGAGGCUGUGUCAUCGACAGCGGCUCGGUGUUGUCGUUUCUCGACGACAAGGCCUACAACGUCGUUAUGGCAGAAUUUGAGAGCUAUUUUCGACGGUUAGGAUUGGAGAGAGCUCGCAAUCUGACCGUCGGAUUCGAGUACUGCUACAGACUAGAGAAAAAAAUCAAUGAUCACGAUGACUUUGGUGGGUAUGCGGAUUUGACAUUCCAUUUUGAAGGAGCUGAUUUUUUAGUGGAACCGAAAUACAUGUAUUUCUACAACAGAAGAGGGAAGUAUUUUUGCGUGGCGUUAAUGGCUUUUCCCGGGAAAACUAUAAUAGGAGCUUGGCAACAGCAAAACACAAGGUUUGUUUAUGAUCUCAACUUGCAUCAACUCCAGUUUGCUCCUGAAGAUUGCGCGAAGGACCAAAUACCUUGA